AAAUUCACAGGCAAAAGAAUCGUCACACUCACACAUUCUCUUCAACCCUUUCUUCUUCUCUCAAAAAAGAAGUUAAUGAAAUAAUAAAACCUUAGGGUUACUCUGUUCUUCUUAACCCCAAAAAACCAAAAUCUUAGGGCUCAAAAAAAAAAAAAAAUCAACCAUUUUCAAAAGCUUCAACCCUUUAUCUAAAAUAGUGUUCUAAGAAAUUCACUCACGCAUGGCGAAAACGAGACCAGGAAAAAAAGACUUAGACUCAUACACCAUCAGAGGCACAAACAAGAUCGUUAGAGCUGGUGACUGUGUUUUGAUGCGUCCUUCUGACACGAGUAAACCACCAUACGUGGCACGUGUGGAGAAGAUCGAGCAAGAUAAUAGGAACAAUGUGAGGGUUCGUGUGAGAUGGUAUUAUAGACCUGAAGAAUCUAUUGGUGGAAGAAGACAGUUUCAUGGAGCAAAGGAGCUUUUUUUAUCUGACCAUUAUGAUGUUCAAAGUGCUCACACUAUUGAAGGGAAGUGUAUUGUUCACUCUUUCAAGAACUAUACUAAGCUUGAGAAUGUAGGUUCUGAAGAUUACUAUUGUAGGUUUGAGUACAAAGCUGCUACCGGGGCUUUCACCCCCGACCGUGUCGCCGUAUACUGCAAAUGUGAGAUGCCUUAUAACCCGGAUGACUUAAUGGUGCAGUGUGAAGGGUGCAAGGAUUGGUACCAUCCUGCUUGUGUGGGCAUGACUAUUGAAGAAGCGAAGAAAUUGGAGCAUUUUGUAUGUUCUGAAUGUUCAUCUGAUGAUGAUUUGAAGAAACCUCAGACAGCAUUUCCUGUAUCGCCCGGAUCUGAUGGCAAGGUGGAGCCAAAGCGGCGUAAGAGAGGACCAUGACGAAAGAAAUGUGGAGAAAUCGAACGGUUAUGUGGUAGCUGCUGCGCAGCUUCCACCGGAGGCAAUUAUGUUUUUUAUUAUUUAGUGUAUUUUGACUCUUAUCAGUUUAUUAUGUAUGUAUUUCUUGCUGGAUUUAUGACAAGCAUUCAUAUGUUUCCUUUUUCUAUCCAGAAAGAUUAACUAGUUAAGUGUUGAUGUUUGAUAUAAACAUCAAACCUUGUUCAACAUUUGAAGUAAAAAGGAGUACUAUUAAUUACUAUCAGUUUUCUAAAAUUUAA